AUGGCCGUGUCUGAAGAGAAGACGACGCCCAAAUCAACACAUGUAUCUGAUCCCGCGCUUGCUCCUUUCCUCGAGCCGCGCUUCGAUGCCGCCGAAUACCUCAACGCCACGCUGCCUUCGCUAUCGCUAGCUUCAAGGCCAAAAUCGAGUAAUGCCGUCUCGUUAGCCGACCUCUCUUCGCAGACACAGGACCUCCUCUCACAGCUCAAUGCGCACACGACGCGAUUAUCGGCCAUCUUGACACAGUUGACCGAUGACAUUCUACGGAGCGGUGGGCGGCUGGCGUACGAGGUGGAAGUGCUGCGUGGAGAGGCUUUUGGGCUUACUGAGACGUUGACAGAUGGGCUGAAGGGCGAUGUCCAGAAGUUCAUACCAGGCGGGAUCUCGAUAAAGACAGAGUCAACCGGAGAUGAGCUCAAGAGCCCUACUACAUCGCAGACAGAUGCACCGGAUGCGCAACCGUCACAGCCAACGCUUGAAGAGCCCGAUGAGACAACGCCAGAAUACAUCUCGGACCUCCGCACCCUCGCCACAGUCCGCUCGCGUCUCGAGACGGUUAUCAAGGUUUUUGGCGAGGCCAUGCACUGGUCAAUACCACCGUCCGAGGUCUCCCUAGGUGCUUCGCUCAUCAGCGUCUCCGCCCCCGAGCCUGGCACAGACAGCGCUUCGCGCGAACAGAAAGGCAAGGAGUUUGCUGCCUCGCUACGAACCGAGAUCGCCGACCUCAUCACCGGCGACCCAGAAGGUGGCAUGGAAAAGGCGGAGAUAAGGAUACAGGCUUUGAGAGACCUAGCGCGGGUCUGGAAGGGCACAGCAGAGGAGAAGGCGAGAGCCAAGUUCGUGGAAAGUCUGGUCAAGCUGGCAGAAGACAAGCAAAGAGAACUCGAUAGAGAAAAGGAGAGGAACAAGGACCGGGGUCAGCAGAGGCCAGGCCGGAGUGGCAGUGUGCCAAAGCAGCAGCAACCUCAACAGCAAAGAGGCGGUGGGUUCUUAGAGAAUCUUCAAAGGAUACGAGGCCUUGUGGAAUGA